GAGAGCCAGGUGGAGAAAGAGGGGCAGAGAGUUGGUGAGGAGGAAGGAGACGAUCAACCAUCAGCCUCUUCGCCGGCUACCACCAGAGCAAGGAAGAGGAAAGCAGCGCAGCCAUCCAGCGCCACACCUGCCACCAAGAGAGGCAGAGGAAGAGGGAGAGGAAGAGGAAGAGGAAGAGGAAGAGGACAGGGAAGGCGACAGGAGCCAGAGGGAAAUGGUCAGCCAUGGCAGGGGAUGGACGUGGAUGACAUCAUACCACCACAACCAUCAUUCAACCCCGCUCGCGCUCCAGGGCCCCAGGUCGUGGGGGGGGUGCAAUACACCAUACUGCAACUCUUCAUGCUCUUCAUGACAAGAAACACCCUACAGACAAUAGUAAAUCACUCUAACAUAUAUGGACAAAGGAACCACCCUCAUAGAUGGCAUCAGAUGUCCCUGGAGGAUCUGCUUUCAUAUAUUGGUAUGGUGAUUUACAUGGGCCUAGUUGGGGCCAAGUCUGUAAGGGACUACUGGGCGAAGAACGAACUUUACAAUUUCCCCUUCCCCACAUCUAUGUUGUCCGGGAGAAGAUUUGCAGCUGUCUCCAGCAUGCUGCAUAUUAGCCACCCAGACAGUGAUGCAGAGAAUGACAGGAGGAGGGGAACACAGGCCUACGAUCGUCUGUGCAAGAUCCGCCCUCUCUAUGACGAGAUUAGGACCGCGUGUAAAGCUCACUACCAUCCCCAACAACACAUUGCAGUGGAUGAAAGGAUGGUGAAAUCAAAAGCCCGCUCCAUCCUCCGCCAGUAUAUGAAAGACAAGCCCACUAAGUGGGGGUAUAAACUUUUUGUGCUGGCAGAUUCAUCAAACGGAUACACAUGGGACUUUUUUGUAUAUGAGGGGAGAAACAUGGCACUUCAAAAGGGGCUCAGCUAUGAUUCAGUCAUGAAUCUCGUGGACACGCGUGUGCUUGGCCAGGGCUAUAAGCUCUAUGUGGACAACUUCUAUACUAGCCCUACCCUGUUCAAGGACCUCCUGGCCGAGAAGGUAUGGGCUUGUGGAACAAUUAGAGAACAGCGAAUAGGCUACCCGAGAAGACGUCCAGGAGCUCUCACCUCUCAGUCACCACGUGGUACCAUCCGCUGGAUAAGAGAUGAUCCCGUUCUUUUUGUCCAGUGGAAGGACACGAGGGACGUCCGCUUGUGCUCCACAAUGCACACAGCCCACAACCCACAGACCACCGUUCAGAGGAGGGUCAGAGGGACAGAUGGCCGGUGGCAGCUGAAGUCCAUCCCUGCCCCACCAGCUGUCACUGAUUAUAACAAACAUAUGGGGGGAGUGGACCUCUCUGAUGCCAUGAUCGGGUUUUACAACACCGUUCACAAGACCAGGAAGUGGCACAGGACGUUCUUCUAUCACUUUCUGGACAUUGCCAUCGUGAACGCCUUUGUACUUCAUUCCUGUAUGGCAGCAGAGAGGCAUGAGACCCCCCUUACACAGAAGGCGUUCCGGGAGGCCCUGGUGUUGGAGCUGAAGGCAGCGGGGUCACCUUCAACUGGCCCUCCUCCAUCACCUGCUCCAGCUCCCCAAGGUGCACAUCACAAACUGAGGCACUACACGGAAGAUGGCACAGCAGGGAGGCGGAGGUGUGUGAACUGUUCCCUGAAGAGCACCACAGAGUGCACUUCAUGCCAGGUAGUGCUGUGCUUUACGGUGAAGAGGGACUGCUACAAUAGCCUUGUAUCUCUGUCGACACCCAGCUGCCAUUUCCACGGCAACAAUGAGCUGCUGCCGCGGCUAGACGGCCUGGAAGGCUGGAAGAAAAGGGGGGGUUGA